GUAUCAGCACAGCGAUACCAUUCUGCAGCUUGCACUAUGGCACGAUGGCGCUUCCGAACGAACCUCCCAAGGAUUACCAGACGCCGGGCUUCCCGUCCCUGAAUAUCCAGACCCUUUAUGACACCACCAACGAUAAACGAUUCACCCUUUACUAUAUCUUGGAUGUUUGGCGGUUCACUCUACUAUGGACAAUCAUCAUUUACGCAUGCUUCCACUUGGCUGCAGUUCUGAUUGCCAUGUUCAACCAUGGCUGGAAGAAGUCAUCGUGGAAGUAUCUAUGGGCGGUUCCCAUCGUAUACCUCGUCAUGGCAGGACUUGAAGCUGUCAUGGCAGGGAGCAUUGUAGGCUUGGUGCUGGGCGCUGUCUACUCUGCUGGAUACUACGAGAUGAAUACUUGGAUCCCAUGCACCUGGGGAUUCAUCAACGUUCUGGUCCUCAUUAUCUCAUCUUUCUCGAUACAAGGCGGACUUUAGCAGGGAAUGUCGACUAUCUGAUAUCUUUCCUUGGACUGGACACCAGUUCUCAUGUCUUGCGUGCUUGUUGCAGUCUUGGAUGUAGACGCGGCCAGCUGAAAUGUAUUCGGGGCUUGGCCGCCUCAUGAACCAGGAGAUCUCACGCGGAUGAGGACUUGGAUCAAAAGGCUCCUUGAGCCGGGUAAUUUCUUUAGUUGCCAUGAUUACGCUCAAGCAGUUGGAAACAAUGCUUCUCUACCUGUCUCUGACACUCUCAAGGCCUAGAGAGCUUCAAAUUGUGAAGUGUGGCUGCAGUAAAGAGAGACGUUUCACUAGAACAAAGCUUCUCUAUGAUGGGAUGG